AUUUCACAUGUGCCUCCGAUCGCGUCGUACGCCCGCUCCGCGCGCCAUGCCGGCAAAACAUUAAACACACAACAGUGUCACAAAAAUAUAUGGAAAAAAGUUGAACAUAAUUGGAAAAUUGUGAUUUUGUGUAAUUUGACAGACGCUUCUGUUCACGGGUUUUUUAUUUACGAAAACUGUGUUACGGCUUUUUUGUAUUGGCGUACACGUCAAUGUGAGCCGCGAUGCGCAGCGACAUGGCGUACCGCGGGCUCUCGCAGCACGUGGAGCUGGACCGCGCGGCCGACCCGCGCGACCGGUUCACGCUGCAGGAUCUCAUCGGCGAGGGGACCUAUGGCGAGGUCUACUGCGCCCGAGACAAGAAGAGCGGCAGGCGAGUCGCCGUCAAGAUCUUGGAGAACAUCACUGAAAACAUCGAAGAGAUUGAGGAGGAAUUCCUAGUGUUUCGGGAUUUGUCCAGCCAUCCAAAUAUUCCAGAAUUCUUCGGGCUGUUCUUGAAGCGUGGAGUCUGCUCUGAUGAUGACCAGAUAUGGUUCGUCAUGGAGCUCUGUACCGGAGGUUCAGUGACAGAUCUAUGCGCUGGUAUCCGCGAUCACGGGAAUAAUCUCACAGAGCCGCAGCUGGCCUAUGUCCUGCGAGGGACGGUCCGCGCACUCACCCACCUCCACGCUCACCGCUGCAUGCACCGGGACGUCAAGGGCCAUAAUAUUCUACUCACUGAGAACGGCGAAGUGAAACUCGUCGAUUUUGGAGUUUCCUCACAUUUAGCUGCGACCGCUGCUCGGAGAAAUACUUCAGUAGGCACACCUUAUUGGAUGGCUCCAGAGGUCAUAGCUUGUGAACAGCAGUUGGAUCAGUCAUACGAUUGCAGAUGCGACGUUUGGUCAGUCGGCAUUACCGCCAUCGAACUAGCCGAGGGCGAACCUCCCUUAUCCGGACUUCAUCCAAUGAGGGCAUUGUUCCAAAUACCACGGAAUCCACCUCCUACGUUAGCGCAUCCUGAGCUAUUCUCGUCACAAUUAGCAGAUUUCAUUGCAGAGUGUUUGGUCAAAGAUAUGAACCAAAGACCAUUCGCGAGGGAACUUCUAGAGCAUCCUCUGUUAUUAGCUGUCAGUAGUUUUGAAGAAAAGAUUCGCAAAGAACUUCAAGCAGAAAUAAAACGCCAACGAGCUGAAGGCCGAAGUUGUCGAGCCCCCGAUGUAACAACAAAAAGAGGAAAACUAAAGUCACAUAGAAAAGCACGUCCAGAAAAAAUGUAUACUGAUGAUCUAGCAACAUUAGAAGUACUGACCGAAGAUGCCAUCGUAGAGCAACUACAGAAAAGAUAUAACCAAAAUCAAAUAUAUACUUACAUUGGAGAUAUACUUGUGGCGGUCAAUCCUUUCACUGACAUAGGUAUUUACACUACCAAGAGUCAGCAAAUUUACCAAGGCCGUUGCCGCUCGGACAAUCCUCCCCACAUCUACGCUGUCGCAGAUGCAGCACACCAAGCUCUCAUGCACCAAAAACAGCACCAAGCUAUAGUUAUAUCAGGGGAGAGUGGCGCCGGUAAGACGGAGUCGGCCAACCUCUUGUUGAAACAGCUGGUCUUUCUCUCGAAGACACAAUCUGGCAACGUAGAAGAUAAAAUCCUGCAAGUAAACCCGAUCAUGGAGGCGUUUGGAAACGCUCGAACAGGCAUUAACGCCAACAGUUCGCGGUUCGGCAAAUAUUUGGAUUUGUCUCUCAUGAGAGUGGGGAGGAUAUCUGGGGCACGGAUUUCUGUUUAUCUUUUAGAACAAUCGAGGGUUGUUCACCAAGCGUUAGGCGAAAGCAAUUUUCACAUAUUUUACUAUCUAUAUGAUGGUUUGGAAAGUGAAGGGCGUUGGAGGAAAUUCUACCUUGACGAACAACUCAAAUCUAGGCAUCGAUACCUACAACCACUUUCUGUUGCUCAUCGUGAACAUAAUGUUCACCGCUGGCGGCAGUUAAAUCAAGCGUUUAAGGUAGUCGGAUUUCAAGAGGAGGAGGUACAAAUAAUUUACAAAAUGCUAUCAGCAAUAUUACAUCUCGGCGAUAUAGAAUUUGGGGAGACCGCGGGGGAAGAUAACACUGAUAACAAAGCUACGAUAAUCGACACGGCACCUUUACAUAGAGCAUCGUGCCUAUUAGGUGUAGAGACAGGAGACCUCCGCGAGUGCCUCACUAGCAGCAGUGUGGUGGCUCGAGGGGAGACCAUAGCGCGACACUGCUCGCCCACCGAAGCGGCCGUGGCUCGUGACGCCACCGCCCGCGGCCUGUAUGCGCGUGCCUUCGACAGAAUAGUCGAGAGGAUCAACGCUUUGCUGUGUCAAAAUAGACCGUAUGGCAUUGAACAAUUAUCCAUUGGAAUAUUAGAUAUCUUCGGAUUUGAAAACUUCAACAGAAAUUCGUUUGAACAACUAUGCAUUAACAUUGCAAACGAACAAAUACAGUACUAUUUCAACCAACAUAUAUUCACCUGGGAGCAGCAAGAGUAUAUGGCAGAGGGGGUCCCGGUCGAUCUGGUGGAAUUCUCCGAUAACAGGCCUGUCUUAGACAUGUUGUUGUCAAGACCUAUGGGCCUGUUAGCACUGCUGGAUGAAGAAAGCCGUUUCCCAAGAUCUACUGAUAGAAGCCUCAUUGAAAAAUUCCAUAAUAAUCUAAAGAGCAAAUACUAUGUCCGACCAAAAUCAGAUGCUAUAUGCUUUGCCAUCCACCACUUCGCCGGUCGCGUAGUGUAUCAAGCCGAUGGAUUUCUGGAGAAAAACCGCAAUUUCUUGCCUCCGGAAGUAGUUCAAUUGAUGCGACAAAGCCAAUACGAUAUCAUCAGAUUCCUUUUCCAGUGUCCGAUUACAAAGACUGGCAAUUUAUAUUCCCCUCUGCAAGGCGAUAUGGACACUAAUAGAAGUUUAGACAGUUCAUGUGAUACUCGGGACCGCUUCAACAGCCGUGGGCUUGCUUCACAAUCUCGCGCUCAGCAAACAGUGUCGACCUAUUUCCGAUAUUCUCUAAUGGAACUGCUCCAGAAAAUGGUCAGUGGCUCACCACAGUUCGUGAGGUGUUUGAAGCCAAACGAUUCGCGGUCUCCGAAACAUUUUGAUUCUACGAAAAUUUUAAAGCAGCUUAGGUAUACGGGCGUUCUAGAAACUAUUAGGAUAAGACAAAAUGGGUUCUCCCACCGAUUAACGUUUGAAGAAUUUUUGAAGAGGUACAGUUUCUUAGCAUUCAACUAUAACGAAGAAGUAAAACCGAACCGAGACACGUGCCGUCUUUUGCUUUUAAGACUAAAGAUGGACGGCUGGGCGCUAGGGAAAUCAAAAGUCUUCUUGAAGUAUUAUCACGUUGAAGUACUCGCCCGAAUCUACGAAGAACAGAUUCGGAAAGUAGUAUUGGUACAAGCGUGUGGUCGAGGAUGGCUCGCUCGACGUUACUUCCUCCGGCUGAAGGCCCAGAUGGCUAUAUCUGUGCUCACGCUGCAGAAACACGUUAGAGGCUGGCUCACCAGGAAACGACUGCAAGAACGACAGAGACAGCUAGCUAGGGAGUUCCAGAGGGAACAGAUGGAACAGGACAGUCGAAAACAUAAAUCCGGUGCUGCUUUAAUUAAAAACAAGGCCAUGAUGAAAGCGAAGAUAUUAAGGAAGAUGACGUCGAACGAUAGCGACAGCAACGACACCAAUUCCGGCAGCAAUAAAGAAAACGUCGAUUCAAAUAAAGCUGCCGUUGUUAUCCAGAGUCAUUUCCGGGGCUACACGGCACGGCGCAAAUGGGCGAAGGGCCGAGCGCCGCCGCCGCCUCAACACCCAGCACCCACGCCGCAGCAGCUCAUGCAGCAACACUCCGUGCAGGAGCGGGCCAGCCAGCUGCAGUCCUUCGCGAACCAGGUGCACGACAAAAACCAAGAGCUUCACAAGAACUUGCGUCGCAACAAGCCCGGUGUCCGUCUGUCGCAGGUCUCACGGCCGCCCGCCGAGUACCGUCCGCCUCCCGGCUUCACGCUCGUGCCGGCCAUCGUGCGCGGUCAGGUGUCGCAGCUGGAGGAAGAUGCCAGCCGCCUUUCCAGUCCCUCGCCAGAAUUCCUAGAGAGCUUUACAAGCCCUUGGGAUGAACCCUUUAUUAAUAAAGAAUACGAGAACAGUCCAUUAAGAGCCAAUAGGAGCAAUCAACAGCCGGUCGAGCAGUGCGCCGAGCACCGGCACCACCUGGCCAGCCAGAACUGGCAGAAUCUGCCCUGCAGCCGUCAGUGCGGCGGCCUCGUCAGUAACAAGAUAAUCGAGCUAGUAAAGCAGUCACACAAGGCAGACCCACCUCCGCGGCCAGUCUACAAUCCAACUCACGACCCAGAGUCAGACUUCCGAAAGAUUCUCCGCAACUCGCCAGAAAUCCUCGCCACACCUAUCUUCAGCUCUGACGACGACUACACAGAAGGCCCGUUCAGGUUCAAACAGCUACUCAGGCCAACGCUAGGUCCGACGGAAAGUUUAAGGAAACGAAAGGUUAGAAAUUCGCCCGGACAAAGUCCAUGGAUGUCAGACAGUUCUCAAGAUAGUACAGAAUCUAAGCAGGCGCUGUACAACAAGCGCAGGCCGCAGAUCAGCAUGGGCGUUUAUUAUAACUAGCCGAAACCGUGUCUCUCUUUUCGAUUAAAACGUGGCUGUGGUCAACGCUAGGUUUAACGGAUUCCAAAGACUCCAGAGAAUAGACAAACUUCGUGGAUGUUGGAAAGUUCCCUGACUUUAAGCAGGAUCAACAAGCGCAAAGCGUGUAAAGACCUUCUAAGCAAACUUUGCGUCGACUUGAAUAAAACAAAGUGAAGGGGUGUCAUUAUAAACGUCAAGUUUUCAUGAGAAUUUGAGACUAAUGAUGACAUGCAGAGUUACCUUGGUCCGCUUCUAUCUAAUGUUAAUCACAAACACUAGACUUUUAUAAUUAUGAUAAUUGAUAAAAUCUAACGAGAAUCCUCAGCAGAAUGACAGCUUUCCUUAAGUACAGACAGUACCUACCUGCUCCAUAAUUUAUUGGUGAUUUUCUAUCACGUUUUUAGUCCAGUUGACCACCGUUUUUUAUGUGCAACAGAUGAACACCACAAAACAUGGUUUUUAUGUAUGACUUGCAUUAAAGUUCGAAAACGUUUCACUGAGGCAUAUUAGUUGGUAUAUAUAACAUUUUGCCAUGAGUAGUUAAUAAUGGCUUAUAUUCUAAUAACAGUUAUGAAUAACGUCCUAGAUUUUACAAGAAUGCGCAUACCGAAUUCAGAUACAUCUAAAAAUAGUGCAGUAUAUCGUAACGUGCUUUACCUGUAUGUUACAUUCGUAUUUGAUUUGUUUGUUACAGUUAAUGUGUUGUUACUGAUUCCGUCCUAAUCGACUUAUUUUAUUUUAUCAAUAAGCAAAUAUAUAGACAGUAAGUUAUUUAGUUGAGAAUUCGUAUAUAUUUAAGUAAUAUUAAUUUGUUCUCGUACCACCAAUAAAAUUAUUCUAUUAGAUUUCAUAUAUUUACUAAUAAUGUUUUUAAACCUAUUUUAUAAUACCAUUUACCAAAGUUUAACUCCUAAAUAAUAUAGGUAGCUUUCCUACUGCAUAGGUAACUUUAAAUGUAAAAAUACUACUUAGGUAGUCCGCGUAUCUUAGAGUAUUGCAUGUGUGUUACAAUUUCUGUUAUUUCAUUAUUUUCGUUGUCUUGUACUAAAAUUAUGUAAUCUUAUAUCAAUUUCACCGUUUUAAUCAGUAUUAUUAUAUUAUAUUUUAUAUAUGAUAUUGUAUUAACGACAACUAAACUAAGAGGCAUAAAAAUAUGAUCAUAAGGUGUAUGUAGGUACUUGGGUAUUCCAAACUAUUUCAAUAUGUCGGCUAAUUCCGAAAAUCAUCUACUUACAAUUCCAUUUUAUUAGAGUAUUGCAAUUACCCGACAUCCUGAACUUCUCGGAACCAUCCGAAUAAACCACAUUAAUGUUGUCGCCACGAAUAGGAUUGUUUUACUUCGUAUAUCUCUUAGUUUAUUUGUUUUUUGUAGUAUUUAUACAAAUGUUAGGUUAUUGUAAUCAGGGAUAUUGCGAAUAUUCGCAUCCGCAUCUGCAUCCGCAUCCGUAUAAAAUCGAUGCGGAGCAUCCGCAUGAUGCGGAUGUCGAGCAAGUCGGUAACAGGAAUGUACCUAUUAGCGACGAUGCCGGCGGCGUAAGUGCUAGGUAAUUUCGUCAUUAUAUGUAUAUAAUGAAAUCGUCUAGAUCCCGAAAAGUCGGCCAAGUUACUGUUUAUUAAAUAAAACGCACCUAUAUUCUUGCUCAAAUACUAAACGUUUCGUUUUUUUUUAAUUAAAAAUGCUAAAAAUGUAAUGUUUGACGUUUUUUAAGUACCAUAUCUUGACAUCCGCAUCCGCGGAUGUGAGGCUUUAAAUAUCCGCAUCCGCAUCCGCGGAUGUCAAUAAAUCUGCAUCCGCACCAUCCCUGAUUGUAAUAAUUAUAGAUCUCACAGGAGAACACGAUUGCAUAGAUAUUAUUGUUAUUUACUUAAUUAAUUAAUUGCCAUUUCAUAUUGUAUGUAGAGGAGGAAAUAAAUAAACAUAUAUAUAUCAUUGACAACCUUUGUGAUAAUGUGCCAAUGAUUACUCGUAAGUUUUAGUUGUUUGAAUGGAAUCAAUUGAAAAUAAAUAUUGUUGAUGCAA